AUGAAUCAUCCUGCACCCAAUAAUAGUGAUAUCAUCAACUAUGCAAAUGGGCAUCCUCAUCGUCAUAACCAACAACAACAGCAGCAACAAGAUACUCAACACUUUUAUUCAAAAUCCUAUCCAACUUCCUUUAAUAAUGAAAUUGGAAACAUCAACAGAAGUGAAGGGGUGAGAGAACCACUCAACCCUGUUUGGAAUAAUACUCAACCAUAUCAGAACCCAAAUAAGAGUGCAGCCUCCAUGCUCAUGUUUCCUCAUGAUGAUGACAGAAGUCCUCUAACCUAUUCAUUAAUAUCUUCACCUGCCAACAAUACUACAAAUACAACAACACCAUGUACAUCUUCUCACAACCGUAAUGCUAACAAUACCACUAGUUCAAGUAUACCACAAGCAUCAACAGAGAGAUCCUCAUGUACUAACUACAUGUAUCCAACGUCCUCAAACAACAACUCAAACAUCCAACAACAAUAUCCUCAAAGGAAACAAUCUUCUCCACCACCUCACUAUCCAAUCAGAAAUAAUAAUCAAUCUGUACAUGAUGUGGCGCCUUCACCCAUACAGCGUAAUACACCUUCUUCAAAUGGCUCAACCAUAAACAGUCAAUUGCUCCAUGACUGUCGGGGUGUACAAAUUAAUAAUUAUGAUAUACCUAGUUCGAAUUGUCAAAGAGAGGAUGGAAAAUCAUUCAUCCAACAACCUGAUCAGCUUGUCCAAACAAAACAAGAAUUCAAAACAAACAUAACCAUCAGUAGCAGCUCGGAUAUUGAUUUUCCCAACAAUAUGAAUAAUACCAAUAGAGUUUCGACUGAUCAUCAUCAGCCUACAUGUAUUAUUAAUAAUAAUAAUUAUAAUAAUAAUAAUAAUAUGAACGAAUUCAAUAACACUAGAAGAACAACAUCAUCAUCAACAUAUGGUUAUAAUAAUAAUAAUUCUACGACAUUAGACCAGAAUAUGUUUAAUAAUUCCUCUUCACCACCUCCUUCUUCCAUGUUGCAAUAUUAUAACUCACAACAACAUCAUAACAACAACAAUAACUCUGUAUCAAAUAUUCCUAAUCAGAAGAGAAUUUCUCCAACUGUAAAUUAUGAAUCUUCUUCGACUGGUAGGAUUGUUGAUGAAUCAGCAUCAUAUCAUAAUGGUAGUAGAGCAACAACAAGCUUACCACAACAACAGCAUGCAGCAACAUCCUCACAUGACAAUACACAUGUACUACCUUAUUAUAAUGCACAUCCUUCUAGACAUGCAUCGCCUACAUCCACCACCUAUCAAUACUCCCCACAUCAGCAGCACCAACAACAACAUGUACAACAAUCACCUAGAAGUUUGCCAACUGAUCAGCCGAGAGAAUAUCCUUCUUCUUAUUCUGAUCCAGUGGUGAGUAAUUCUUCUCAACCACCACAGUAUCAGCCAUCAUUACAGAAAGAUAAUAGAUCGUUGGAUCCUUCUUAUUCAGCUAAUGGAUAUCACUCGCAACAGCAGUAUCAAUUAACAACACAAAUAAUACUACUAGCAGCAAUCAUACUAGAUCAAAUUUAA